GCUUACCCGAAGAGAGACAUCACGAACAUCGUCGAGUCCUCCCGCUACGUCAGGGUCAGCGGAUGGUGCAAGCCAGGGCGGACCAAGUGCAAGCUCUCUCGAUGGGUCAAGCCGUACAGAUGCCUAGAAGGACCUUUCCAGAGCGACGCCCUGCUGGUUCCCGAAGGAUGCCUCUUCGAUCACCUGCACAACCAGACCAAGUGCUGGGAGUCCCACAAAUGGAACGUCACGGCCGCGGACACCUGCAGGGAGAGGAAUAUGAACCUGAGGAGCUUCGCCAUGCUGCUGCCCUGCGGGAUAUCUCUGUUCUCCGGGGUCGAGUUUGUGUGCUGUCCGAAACACCUGAAAG